UAUCAUAUCAUAAAAUAUCAUGGCAUAUUGUUGGCAGUAUGUAUAUAAAUAGAAAGUCCAGAUUAUACUUAUACAGACAUCCUACACAUUUAAACAUGUCAGGUUUUCAUUGGGUCCAUUGUUCUAAUUUCAACAUUCCUCCCAAUGCCGUGAAAUGCGGAAACGAUUUGGACGGAAGUGAUAUUUUUGCCGGUUUAAGCUACUAUCAGCGUGAUGAACUGCCAUGUAAAAUUAUUCCUAGAAGACGAGAAGCAUAUGUCAGUUAUGAUGGACGUGAAAUAAAAGUUAAUGAUUUCAAGAUUUUAUGCGAAAAAAAAAUGUGUUGGUUGCCGUCAAGAGAUGGACAAGUACCAGCAGGAGCAAUCCCUGCUGGAAAAACAGCUUCUGGAGAAACUUUGUAUAUUGGUCGAGUAAAUAUGGGGGGUGUUACGAAAGUUGGAAAGGUACAUUCAUCUCACAAGUGCCUUUAUGUUCCUUACAAUGGUAAGGAAAUAAUGUUUAAAAGUUAUGAAGUUUUGGUCUUGCAUUGAAAUGUGAUAUUUGAAAUUGAUGAAUUGGUCUUGCUUUUAAAACUUUAUUUUUUUUUUUAAUCAGAUU